GAGUAGAAGAAAAUGAAGAACGCAGCAGGCAGCUGCCUCGUGCACUGCGCGCCCUCCGCCAUUUUGCACGCGCACUGCUACUGUCUGCCAGCAACCAGCUUCUUCGUUCCACUGCGCUUAAUCUAAGACAAAUACGGCUAGGUUUUAGGACGCGCCCAGCGGCAAGGCCUGCUUUACCGCCGUGAUAUAGUCAGCGUCAAGCUGUGCCGUAGCGACGCCUCGUGUCUGUCAUGACGCAAGGUUCUCAAUCGGACGCCCCGGCUCUGCACGAGGAUGCAGCGACGACUGGCCGCGGAUUUCACCACGCAGCUCAGCAAGACAACAGGUGCGGCGUCGCUCUGCGAUCGGCAGCAGCGUCCGCAAAGGGCUACGCUCGGUCUCAACCUUCUUGUGGGCGCACGAUACACUUCUGGCCUCCCGGGAUUUUUCCUACUGGCGGCUCUCACGGGUCGGCGUUCCUUUGGUCCGGGGAGAGUUGCCCACGCGCCUUCGUCGACGGAACGGCUGACAUCGGUAAGCAGCACAGGAUAGGCGCCGCUUGUCAUUCUGGCCGUGAAUUGGUUGGUGCACCCCCGGCGUGGCUCUUCCCUCCAGCUUCCGCACCCAAGACGGUGGUUCACAACAGGCGUACGGAGCUGGCCGCUGGUGCAGCGUAUUGUCAUCCGAGGCGACGCCUUCUCCAGCCUCGGGUUCUCGAAGCCUCCGCCCACCGCCUGGCCAUCGCAGCAGUAUUGCGCUGUCCGAGCCGCUGUUCCAGCGGUGGGUCUUGGCGCAAGGGCGACGUGCCUCGCUUUCACUGCGCGCACUGCUUUUGCGUGGCUGGCUCCGCGUGUGGCGUCGAGAACUCCGCCGUUGUCGCCUUUGACGCGCGGCCCUGGCCCGCGGCGAGCACCACGAUAUCUUCAACACACGGGGACUUCCAGCACCGCGAUGCCAGGCACUCCGCCGUCAUUCUGACCAUGGCGAAUUAAUUGUCACACAAGUUUUCAUACUUUUCAAGCAGUACAAGGACGUCCAGGCUGUUGCUGGGGGCGUUAUAGGCUUCCAGAAAAUCGGUUCUGCAAACGCUGACCCGGAAGCAUGACUGCGCCCUGACAAUUUUGCCGAUGUCGUUCCUCUCGAGGGACCGGCGAAUGACGCGACUUGUCGGUGCCUUGCGCCUUUCUUGCGUAGUUUUUUCUCCUGCACUCCUGCUGCAGCUGGUAUGCAGUUUUGCCCUUAUUAACGCGAGAUGUUGUGAUUUCCUUCUUUGCGCAAAUAUAUUGUCACUUAUGCCAUGUU